AAAAAAAAAAAAAAAAAAAAAAAAAAAAGAUUCAGUUUCUACGGCAACUGUUUUAUUAUAACAGUAUACAGUUAAAAAAAAAAGAAAGAAAAAAACAUUAUUAACCCAAAAAAUUUGACACCAAACGCAACAUAUAAAAUGUUCAUCGGAUUAAACUUGCCACUCUCAUGAUCUCAUUUCCAGUUACUUCCACUCCACUUUGCACCUUCAACUCCCCUCUUUCUCCUCAAAUUUUUCAGAGAAUUUGAAGUUCAUUUUCAUCAAAUUUGGCGAUUCGCGAGGAUUUUAUUCACAAAUCGUAAUAGUGGAGAUUUUGCAAUGUGUUUGAUUCUGAUCGAGUACUUAUUGUAACGAUGAUGAGUAAUGAAUUUAGUAGUGGGGUGCCAGUUCCAGGAAUGAAAAUCGGCGGCGGAGCGCGUCGAUUUCUGUUUUUGCUCCCUGUUAUGAUCUUCCUGCCUUAUCUGUUAUCUGUUUUAGAGCUGCACAAGUUCUCAACUUCUGUUGAUGCACCUAAAAAACGCGGUACAAAGUCCGACCAUCUUGUCCUUGGUCCAGCUGCUGGUCAGGGUUUGCGAAAUCGUUUGCAUUGCCAAGGCACGAGGGCCUUGAACAAAACUCACCAUACUGUCUCCCAGAGCUCAAAUUCUGGAGAGAAUGUUGCAUUUGUUACGGUAUUCACCAUUUAUAAUUCUUCUGAAAAGAAUGCUGAGACGAGAUCCUCUGAUUUAGUGACAAUUGGAAAUACUUCAUACACAAAGUUGGAGAGAUCAAUGGCCAUCUUGGAUUCAUUUAUUGACUUCAUCCAGGUCACAAUGCCUUUGAGCAAUGUAAUCAUCCUUACUGAUCCAGAGUCGGACCUUCGCAUGGACAAACAAAGAGUUACAACUUAUCCCAUUCAAGGUGAAUAUUCACGAGACAGGUUGAUGCUUCAAAGAAUUAGGUCUUACAUUGCCUUCUUGACUACAAGACUCAAGGAGCUAAACAGCCAUGUUCAAGGACAAAUGAGCCAUUACAUUUUCACUGAUUCAGAUAUUGCAGUGGUUGAUGAUCUUGGGCAAUUAUUUGAUACAUACUCAAGCUUUCAUUUAGCCCUAACUUUCAGGAAUAACAAAGAUCAGCCUUUGAACUCUGGCUUUAUUGCUGUCCGGGGAACUGCAGAGGGCCUCCAAAGGGCUAAGGAGUUCCUGGAGGAAGUUCUUAAAGCUUACACUACAAGGUACAUGAGAGCUUCAAGAAUGCUGGGUGAUCAGUUGGCUUUAGCUUGGGUAGUGAAAUCUCACCCAUCAUUUGAUUCAAGGAGAUUUUCUAAACCUGUACCUUUCUCGGAGGAACUAAAUGGUGCUUCCAUCCUGUUUCUACCUUGUGCUCUGUACAAUUGGACUCCACCGGAGGGUGCAGGACAAUUUCAUGGCUUGCCUCUUGAUGUAAAGGUUGUUCACUUCAAAGGAUCAAGGAAACGAUUAAUGCUAGAAGCAUGGAACUUCUUCCAUUCUUCUUUGAACAUAGAUGACAUGUUAUGCCUCGUCCUAGGCAGUGGAAGAACAAAAUAUGACUUUUGAGCUACUUGUGGGACUUGCUUUAGAUUGGAAUCUUUGAUAGGCCAAAUGGAUGGCCAUACUGUGAUGAAAAUAUCAGGAUUGAUGAGGGAAUAUAAUCAUGAUGUGACGAUGUCUCAUCACAAUUUAGGGAGGCCGCUUCUUUCGGUUUCACACACGAUGAUAGAUUAAGAGAUUGAUGAAGAGACUUGGGGAAUAUAUUGUGCGGAAUAUUUUUUUUGGCAGAAGGAAUAGUCUUUUUAACCAGUUAACCUUAUUGCUGUAUCAUACUUGUCAGAAUAUAAGAUGUUAUUGUCCCUGAUAGUAUUAGUCCUAUGUGAAAUGAUAAUUUCCCCUUGUGUAUACUUGUGGUAAAAAAUUAUGUCUUGUAAGUUAUACGGAGUAAUGUGCAACUAUCUGAUGUAGCGUUCUCAGGUGUUCAA